GCUUUAGGUGUAUCUUUCGAAGAGCUGCUGCGAAAUGCAAGACCACUAGAGGAACGACAACAGCAAAGGCUUGCUAGAAACGAAACAAUAUCAGGAUUGAGCCAUCAUCAACCACCGCGUCGCCAAAAUCGCCCAAACUGGCGCCCUGUACCUCCUAGCGGCUCGGCCAGGGCGCCAGCAACAGCACCUCGGCUGACACCAGCCGGUUUUGAGACUCGACCCCGAGCCGAUCCUCCAGCAGCCGCCCAAAUUCCAGGAAAUCCACGAACUGCUGCCGGUCCAGUUGCAGCAGCUGCCCAGGCUAUCGUUUGGGCGCCUUCGACGAUUUGGACGCCGCCUGUGAUUUGGCGGCGGCCUCCGGGGGUCUGGCGCCAGCAGACUCAGAACCAACAGUGCCCUCAACACGAACAACAGCAGCUGUUGUUGGGGGCACUGGUUUGGCCUCAUUGGGCGCCACCUUCAGGCAGUCCCCCUGGUCCUCCGAGAGUCCAAGCCCCGGGCAGUCUAGAGGCUGAGCUUAGAUGGAUGAAUUUGCACGAUAGCAACAAUUUGAGACGUUCUAGUAGGUGA